GUUCGGUAAUAAUUUGAAGCUGCUCCGCUCCUCUCCUCUCGUUGCCGAUUUCCUUUUUUCCGAAAAAUCGAAUCAUCUUCUACUUUCCUCAGAUUAAAGCAUAAUCGAAGCUACUUUCUGUAGAUCUUCAACAAAGAAUUAGAGAGAGAGAGAGAGAGAGGAAUAUGGAGGGAUGACGGAGGAGGGAGAUGGCGAGGGGAGGAGGAGAAUGGACAGUCACCGGAGUAGUCUCCUACAAAAGAAUAACACUAGUCGUUUGCUCUUUCAACAUUCUCAUUGCUCUCUUUGUUCUUCGUUUUCUCUAUGCUUCUUCUCUCCACUUCUAUCCCAAUAACCGCAAUGUUGUUAGGUAUACAUCAGAUGAGAUUAGGAGAAUGGAGGAAUCUACUCGGAUUCGAAGAUCUAAGUAUCCUUCUGAGCUUGUUAGAUUGGUGAAGAAGCUGAGACAUGAUGUUGCCACUGCAGAAUCAAGUAUUGAACUCUCUUCUAAUGUAAAAGGCAAACUAGUUGAUGAGAUCUUGGAGCGUUUGAAAAGAUUAGAGGAGAAGUCUAAUGUUACACUAGUCAGAGAAGCUGUAGAUACGUGGCGCAGUGAGAAGCUGAAGGAAGCUAAAGAGCUGAUUCAGGAACAAAAUGGGGUUAACUCCACCAUGAUAGUGGAGGAAGCAGGGAUGCUUGUAAGAGCGUUGGAGUUGGAGUGGGACGUGCUGUCUGAAGAAAUUGGUUUUUGGUUACCUGUUGAGGUUCACAAUGAAGAGCACGAUGAUAAACCUGAAGGAGAGGAAGAGCCUGAGGAGGUAUUAGCAGGGAGACCAGUGCCAGGUGUAUGUAAUGUAGAGCUUCACACAGAUUAUGGUGGUGCUGCAGUGAGAUGGGGACUUACACAUCCUAAAGAGAGUGCGGCUGAUUGUUGCCAAGCUUGCUUAGACCAGGCAAAGCGUGCGAAACCUGGUGAAAUGAGAUGCAACAUCUGGGUUUAUUGCCCAUCUGAGUUUGGUUGCUUUUCUCCUGAUAUUUAUGAGCAUAAACAUCAAGAAUGUUGGCUUAAAUACGCAGAGAAGCCAAAACGGAGCUUUAAAGACAGAUACUCAGAGUCAUACAGAAACAACCAUCCAAAAGCGCCUACUAUUGUUCCAUGGGUUUCAGGUGUUAUAACGGCAUGAGGAAGAUGCUAACAUCUUUAGCCAAUUGUAUACGAGAAUAGAAUGUUUUAUUUUUUUUUCCUUUUGUUUGUUUGUCCUUAAAACACAUGAGGCUUACGGCUUACCUAACACAUGGUCGAAGUCCAAAAAUGGUAUCACUAUCAGUAAUCAUAUUUUUUCUGUCCAAUGUUGUUUGAUUCUCUUAGUGGUUACCUCAUAGUGAUGUACACUCUACUGUGCUGGUUUUGUUUCGGUAUAGUUGUUUGUUUUUCUUUGCUAAUAUGAUCCAUUUGUAUGCCAGUGAAAAGCUAUCAAUAGACAGGACAUUGUUUUGUGUGUCG